CAGGAAAUGAAUUUAAAGAAAUAGCAAAAAUCCAGGAACUGGAGGGAAGCGUUUCUCUGAGGGGGAGAAAAGCGGCCGAGUUUGGACCUUUUGAAUGAGGCGGACGGCGAGACCAGCGCGAGAAGAUGCUUAUUAAAGAGUUCCGAGUUGUCCUUCCUAUUUCCGUUGAAGAGUACCAAGUGGGGCAGCUAUUCUCUGUAGCUGAGGCCAGUAAAAAUGAGACCGGGGGAGGAGAAGGGGUGGAGGUGCUGAAAAACGAACCCUAUGAGAAAGAGGAUGGGGAAAAGGGACAGUACACACACAAGAUCUACCACCUGCAGAGUAAAGUACCAACGUUUGUGCGGAUGCUGGCUCCAUCAAGUGCCCUGAAUAUCCAUGAAAAGGCCUGGAAUGCUUACCCAUACUGUCGCACAGUUCUCACAAAUGAGUACAUGAAGGAUAAUUUUAUGGUUAUGAUUGAGACGUGGCAUAAGCCUGACUUCGGUGACCAGGAAAAUGUACAUAAACUUGAUCCUGAAACCUGGAAGAAGGUGGAGGUUGUUUACAUUGAUAUUGCAGACAAGAGUCAAAUUGACGCUAAGGACUAUAAACCAGAUGAGGAUCCAGCCACAUUUAAGUCUGUGAAGACUGGACGAGGACCUUUAGGACCUGAAUGGAGAAAAGAGCUCCCUCAGAAGACAGACUGUCCUCACAUGUGUGCCUAUAAACUUGUCACCGUCAAGUUCAAAUGGUUUGGCCUGCAGAACAAAGUGGAGGGCUUCAUCCACAAGCAAGAGAAGCGUCUGUUUACCAACUUCCACAGGCAGCUCUUCUGUUGGCUGGAUAAGUGGAUUGAUUUGACAAUGGAAGACAUUCGGCGGAUGGAAGAGGAGACGCAAAAGGAACUUGAUAAGAUGCGAGAAAAGGACCCAGUGAAGGGGAUGUCUGCUGCAGAUGACUAAGGCCCUGCGGCUGGGACUGUAUAUUGUCCAACCAGCAGCAGUAUUGUUUGUCCCAGACAAGUGGUGUUAGAGAGUCCAUCUCUCCUGCUCUUUAUGGUCCAGUCCAUUAUGGUGCCUCUCUUAUCUCCUCCCACACCACGGAGGACUUACAGGCUGCAGACUUACACAGCUGAUUCUUACACUAAUCAACAACGUAUCAUGUUGUCACUUUUAUAUAAUUUACUGCUGUUUACUUUGAGAAAUUAUUUUGUGAUCACAAAUUACCCCACUUUUUUUUACGGAACAAACAUAGUUUUGGUUUGUUAUAUUUUUUUAUAUUUGUACUGUUUUACACAAUUUGCAUCGUCACUGACAUAACAUUUACAUAGCACUCUGCAGAAGUUCUCACAUUUGUUCUUUUUUUUUUUUUCCCCACUACUGAUUAGCUCCAUUCACUGCUUUCAGCUGCAUUCACUCCACUGUGUUUACCUAAGCUGCCUUAAGGGUGACAUGGCCUAGUUAGUUACCCUGAGCAAAUCUGGGUAGGUGGAUAGGUCUCCAAGGGCUUAGUCCCUAGCCAGCUCCUAACACUCAGUCUGAAUAGUAUGGUGUAACUGUGUUUACAUGAAUUAACGUCAACCUGAUUUAAUAUGCAUUAAUGGUCUGUGGGAAGUGAAAAUGGGGUUCUCUUAGCUCUGAGUUGAAAGUGGUUUCUUUCUGGUGAUAGGAAGCCAUAUCAGGGCUGGGGUCAUUUUGAAUUGGGUCUUUUUGUUGGAAUCAUGUACUUUUUGUAUUAAAACUGGGGCACGUCAACUGUAUUGUAUUUAUUCACUGGGUAUUUUACAGUUUUGUCACAUUUUCUGUUAUGGGAUAAAACGACACUGUAUGUGUUUACUUGCCUGAUUUAUGUUCUCCCCUUCUCCCAAUUAUUAUGAUCUGAACCGGUUAAAAUAAAUAAGAUGAAUUGUA